AUGGAUGAUAAUGAUGAUGAUGAUGGUGAUGAUGAUGACGAUGAUGGGGUGAUGGUGAUGGUGAUGGUGGUGGUGAGGGUGAGGGUGAUGGUGAGGGUGAUGAUGGUGAUGACUAAUACUUCUAGCAGCUACUUAAAGGAGAUAGAAAUGCCAGAUGGUGAUGACAGGAUUAGUAAUGGUGAUAAUAAUGGUAAUGAUGAUAAUAAUGAUAAUGAAGAUGAUGAUGUUGAUGGCAACGAUAAUGUUAUUGAUGAUGAUAAUGAUGAUGAUGAUUAUGAUGAUAACCUUUAA